GAAUUCUGGGGUGAAAUUGUUAAUUCCUUCUAUUGGCGGGUGGCGCCUUCCCAGCCGCUGCUCAGUUACAACUUUGACAUCACUAAAGGGAAGAUCUUUGUGGAAUGGAUGAAAGGCGGCAUCACCAAUAUCUGCUAUAAUGUGCUGGACAGGAACGUGCGGGAGAAGAACCUGGGGGACAAAGUCGCCUUUUACUGGGAAGGUAAUGAGCCGGGAGACGCUACGUCCAUCACAUAUGCUGAUCUCCUGAAGAAGGUGUGCCAGUUCGCCAAUGUUCUACGUGACCAAGGUGUUAAAAAAGGAGAUCGCGUGUCCAUAUACAUGCCCAUGGUGAUCGAGUUGGUGGGUGGCAAUGUUGGCAUGUGCGCGAAUUGGGGCUAUUCACUCCAUAGUCUUUGCUGGAUUUUCAGCUGAGUCUAUGUGUGAGAGGAUCCUGGACAGUCACUGUUCUCUUCUAAUAACAGCAGAUGGAUUUUUUCGUGGAGAUAAAUUAAUUAACCUGAAGGUGAUCGCAGAUGAAGCACUUAAAAAAUGCGCAGAAAAGAAUUACCCUCUGAAAACGUGCAUUGUACUCAAACAUCUGGGCAGAGAUGACGUUAUUUGUGAUGGAACAAGCAGUGCAUCGCCACCAUGCAAGAGACUCUGCCCGAGUGCACAGACCCCGUGGAAUCCAUCGGUGGACCUGUGGUGGCACGACCUGGUGAAGAAUGCCGGCACGGAGUGUGAGCCAGAGUGGUGCGACGCAGAAGAUGAGCUGUUUGUUCUGUACACCAGCGGAUCCACCGGGAAGCCCAAGGGGGUCGUGCACACCGUUGGCGGUUACAUGGUCUUCACCGCCACCACCUUCAAGUAUGUGUUCGAUUAUCACCAAGGUGACAUAUAUUGGUGCACAGCUGACAUUGGAUGGAUCACUGGACACUCCUACCUCACCUACGGACCACUAGCCAAUGGGGCAACCAGUGUAUUGUUUGAAGGCCUCCCUAUAUAUCCAGACAUUUCCCGGAUGUGGCAGAUCAUCGAUAAGUACAGCGUGAGCAAAUUCUACACCGCACCGACGGCAAUCCGGCUGCUGAUGAAGUACGGAGAGGAGCCAGUCAAACGGUAUAGCAGGAAGUCUCUGAAGGUUUUAGGAACAGUCGGGGAGCCAAUUAACCCUGAAGCAUGGCUUUGGUAUUACAACGUCGUUGGAGACAAGAGGUGCCCGAUUGUGGAUACAUUUUGGCAGACGGAGACGGGAGGUCACGUAUUAACUCCGAUUCCGGGGGCCACGGUAGCAAAGCCUGGUUCAGCUACGUUCCCGUUUUUUGGCGUUGUUCCUGCCAUCUUGGACGAGGCUGGCGAGGAGCUUGAAGGAGAAGCUGAAGGUUAUCUGGUAUUUAAACAGCCCUGGCCUGCAUUAAUGCGCACAGUGUAUGGGAACCAUGAAAGAUUUGAGACCACCUACUUCAAGAAAUUUCCAGGAUAUUAUGUGACCGGCGAUGGCUGCAGAAGAGACAAAGAUGGCUACUAUUGGAUUACUGGGCGGAUAGAUGAUAUGCUAAAUGUUUCCGGUCACUUGCUGAGCACGGCGGAGGUGGAAUCCGCUCUUGUUGAACACUCAUCUGUAGCCGAGGCUGCCGCCGUGAGUCAUCCACAUCCGGUGAAAGGGGAAUGCCUCUACUGCUUUGUCACUCUGCGGGAUGGACACGAGUUCACCGGCACGCUGACGGAUCAGUUGAAGAAACUAGUGAGAGAAAAGAUUGGACCAAUCGCCACUCCAGAUUAUAUACAGAAUGCACCUGGAUUGCCCAAGACACGCUCAGGUAAAAUAAUGCGGCGAGUAUUACGGAAAAUUGCCAAAGACGACCAUGACCUGGGCGACGUCUCUACACUCGCUGACACCACGGUCCUAAAGCAGCUCUUCAACAAUCGAUGUAAGACCGUUCUCUAG